AUUUCUGAUCGCAAUAAAAUUGUUGGCUUCCCAAAAGGCGAAGAUGAUGCGUACAGAUCUUUUAAUUUUAAUGAAGUUCAUGCCUACUUUUGAAAGUUGAAACCCGUGUGAUCAACUGUUCUUCUUUCCUACCAAUUUCUUUCGGUUUUCGAAUUAUUAGCAUCGUCGGUCAUAAAUUCAUCAGUUUAUCCAGUUUCAGAAUCAUGGCCACAAUCCAAUCUGGGUUGUUGUCACGGGAGCAGCGGUCAAAUAGGCUAUGCUCUAGUUCCAAUGAUCGCAAGAGGGGCAAUGUUGGGUUCAGAUCAACCGGUAAUUCUACACAUGCUUGAUAUUGAGCCUGCUGCCGACAUCUUGGAAGGGGUAAAAAUGGAACUGAUGGAUGGAGCAUUCCCUCUUCUGAAAGGUGUUAUAGCCACCACCGAUGUUAAUGAAGCUUGUAAAGGUGUUGAUAUCGCAAUCAUGCUUGGUGGAUUCCCUCGUAGGAAAGGAAUGGGUACGAAAGCUCUAAUAUCUAAGAACGUAGGAAUAUAUAAGACUCAAGCUUUGGCUUUAGAGCAGCAUGCUGAUCCAAAUUGCAAGGUGCUUGUGGUUGCUAAUCCUGCAAAUACGAAUGCACUCAUCUUGAAAGAAUUUGCACCUUCGAUCCCAGAAGAGAACAUCACAUGCCUCACAAGACUAGAUCAUAAUCGUGCGUUAAGCCAGAUAUCCGCAAAUCUGAAUGUCCAUGUUGGUGAUGUAAAAAAUGUUAUCAUUUGGGGAAAUCACUCGUCAACUCAUUAUGCAGACGCUAAUCAUGCUACUGUUGACAUUGGCGUUGGAUAUAAAUCUGUGAGAGAACUUGUUGCUAAUGAUCAUUGGCUGGACUCAGAGUUCAUCACAAGUGUGCAACAGAGAGGUGACGCUAUAAUAAAAGCUCGAAGGCUGUCUAGUGCAUUAUCUGCUGCAAGCGCUGCGUGUGAUCAUAUGCGCGAUUGGAUUCUUGGUACUCCUAAGGGAACAUGGGUGUCGAUGGGAGUUUAUUCUGAUGGAUCGUAUGGUAUCCAACCGGGCUUGAUCUACUCUUUUCCCGUCACCUGCGAGAAAGGCGUAUGGUCAAUUGUUCAAGGUCUAAAUAUUGGAGAGUUUGAAAGGGGGAAGAUGGAUGAUUCAGCAAGAGAGCUUAUUGAGGAGAAAGCAUGGGCCUAUUCUUACCUCCAUUGACAAUCUUAUGUUAUGUGCAAUAAGCUUGAGAUUUUUAGUUUGUGUUAAUAUUAAUCCAUAAAUAAAUCAGCCUCCAUUUAUGC